CAAAACUCUGAAUGAAUUAAAAUAGCAAACCAAUUGUAAAACCAAUGCAUGAUAUCCGUGCAAAUUCUUCUCUUCAUAAAUGGUUGACGAAGAGGAACUCUCCUACCUCAAAUAGCCCAUGAGGAGAGGAAAAUUUGUUUCAUAGAGCAAUGAAUUCCAGCAUUUCUCAAAACUUUAACCCUUCAGGUACUCUAGUAAUUACUAAUCUUCUAGAUCUAUCAUGAAAGCAGACAUCUGGGUACUUAAAGACUUUCAAGAAGAAGGUAAAGAAACUCAGAAAUGCUUGUAAAAUGAGUGUCAGGCACAAUCAAGAGAGCAACUUAAAGAGGCUCACAUAUGACAACUUGAAUAGCCUCAAAACUUCGGUUCUUACAGAAAGCGUGACCAACUCCUUAGCAAAUACUAAAGCAACUGGGAAUCUAAAUACCCAGCCUGGCAUCAAUUUACUUCAUUAUAAGGAUGAAAAUAUGGAGAUUCAGCCGAUCAGUGAGAUUUUUGAAGAGGAAAAUAAAGAAAACAAAGAAAAUAAAGAACACAGUGCUUUCUCACAAAGUAGCUUACAUGAGCAUAGAGCCUUAGGGGGCUACAAAAGCUCAGGCCAAUUCGCUCAGCUUUCUCAAAGCCCCAAAAACUAUGCCGAUAUCUUUAAGAAAGUAAGUUCGGAUGACUCUCACCUGGUAUCGUCACAUAAAAGCAGCUAUGAUCAGAAUUUCUCGAUUAAAAUGAGUGAGACAGAAUCUAGAAGGCUAGAGAACCUCAAGGAUUCCUCUACAACUGAGAGGUUACAGUCAACUAACAUAUCUAUUGAUCCUAAUUCCUAUGACGAGGAGGUAAAGAUGAUUAAUUUCCUUCCCAAAAUCAAAGGAAACCAGUGCGGUUGCAAACUUUCCAGUGUUUCUACACUGAAAUGUUGAGCAAGCAUGCAGAAAUGGCUCUCUGUCUGAUUUUUAGAAGAAGAAGAUGAAGCAUUUAACCCAAGAAACCAUCCGGAAUUUAAUAAAUUACUUGACUUCUUCUACCGAACAAAAGUUGAUGAAAAGUUAUGAAAUCAGGACUCUCAGCUUUAUAAGGAUCUGAAUAGAACAUUCCAGGUGUUGCAUUACUUCAGAGAAGGUGAGAGAGGGUUUUCUGAUACUAAAUAAGCUACUGUUAAAAUUCUUAGCACAUCCCAUAUCGAAGGAAAGUGGAUAUGUGCAAGGGAUGAACUUCAUCGCUUCAACACUUCUCUACCACAGUCAAGCAGAUGUUGCAUUCUGCUUGUUUAUAAAGAUGUUUGAGAAACAUAAUAUUAUACACAACUAUGAGCCAGGAAUGCCUGGGAUUACAGAUCAUUCCUUCCUCCUUGAAAAGAUGGUUUCAAAGCACUGCAGAACUCUUUCUAAUUACUUCCGUGAGCAAGCAAUUCCCGUACAAAUGUACACAAUAGAGCUGAUUUGAGGGCUUUUUGGAGGUAAAAUCCCUAUUGAAAAGAUGAAGCUGUUUUAUGAUCACUUUAUUCCAAAAGGCUGGCCAUUCUUCUACGCACUUGUAGUCCAAUUCUUAGAAGAAAUUCAGUUUGAUAUUAUGGAGGAGGAAGAACUGACACCUCAAGCAGCCAAUGCUCAUAAUGCCCCUAACCUAAAGUGGAACCAGCUUAUUAGCAAAGCGGUUGAUUUUGAAUUCAGUAAUAACUCUUUCAAUUAA